UUAAUUUAUAAUACCAAUCGUGAUCUAGAAACAAUUGUUUUGACCUGGGAGUUACCCCGUUUGACUUUUUCCACAAUUUUAUCCUGCCAUACCCAUUGACUUCAAUUGUUUUUUUAUACCAUCGCCAUCGAAUGUCGAUUUUCAAAGAGAAUUACAUUGAAUUUUCUGAAUUAUCCUCGAAUUUUCGUAAUCUACUAACACUAGGCUCUUUAAAAACACCACGAAUUGAUCAAUUGGGCAUUUGAAUAAAUACGGGAUUAGGUGCAACGAACAUGAAUUAAGACAUGAUAUAUAGUAUAUUGUAUUUCACCUCAUCCUGCAUGAAUUUUAUUGCUGCAUAUACAGUGAACUGCUGCAGCAUCUUCCCCAUUUGACUCUCUCGCAGAAGAGAGCUCUCCAUCCCAUUCGAUCAGAAAGAUUUUCCUCCUCCUCGAGAAGACAACGAUCCGAAAGAUUUUACGACGUGGGGCCAGGAACAUCCAUGGCUUCUGGGUCAAGCAUUGGCAAUGGCGAGCAGGGGAUGACCAGAGACUUGGCCGCCAUCAAGGAAGAGAUGGAUGACAUUGUAGCGCAAUUCCAAUGGUUCGUCAACCUACUCGGGACAACCAUGGACACGCCAAAAUUACGUGAAGAACUGCAGAACAGGUGGGUACAUGCUCAGCGGUUGGCCCGAGAGACCUCAAUUCUGCUCCAGGAAUCCUCCCAUCUGGAUGGACAUCUUAAGGAUAAUACCAAGGCAAUGAAUGAGGCCAAACUUGCCCAAGAAUUUAUUGCAAUAGCGGGGAGGUUUAAUGAAGCUCAGUUACUUGCAGCCCAAAGGCAACCUCCUUUUGUUCCUAAACUAGACCUUCACAUUCCUUCAAGUUAUCGUUUUCCUGGCAGCCCAAAGGAUUCUGAGGUGGAAUCUCUUCUUGAGAGGUCGAAGAGAAUGUUGGCAUUGCUUCAGGACUGCGAGAACACACUUGGGGAGGCCAUCACUGAGGGCAAUGAAGAGGAAGUCCAGCAACUUCAGGCCCAAAUAGACACACUCAGAGAGAUCCUCAAAGACCAAACUUAUCUAAUCGUAGAGUCGGGUUUGGACAUCGAUGAUAUUUCUUCCCGCAUCGAGAACUCAGCAACCGUGAGCUCUGCAGAAAAAUCCCGAAUUCUCAGGGAUGUGAAGGCUCGGAGGCCAAACAGUUUCUUGGUAAUUAUUAGACACUGCAAGAUUCUACAUCAGAAUUUGGUCAGACAAAACAGAGCAAUUUCUGAAUCCUGUUUGCUGCAGGAUUGCGUUUGCAGGAUAGUUGGAUCAUGCUUCUCCAUUGGAUCAUGACAUUGCAAGAUUCAUUAUACUCGUGCUUUAUGAGCGCCUUUGUGAUUACAAUAAAACCGCAAGUUCCAUCCUUGUAAA